AUGGAUUAGUUUCUGAGUGUAAAACAUAGCGCUAGGUCAUUGCAAUUCAGAUCAUCUCCUUGUUCAAAACAAUCUUUUUAAAGUGAAGACGAUAGAGAUACAGCGCUUUCGUUCGACAUUACUCCAAAACCCAAGCCAAGACCUUUGUAGGGAUUGAGUCCUAUGUCUUCUGCAUUUGAUAAUGAGGAUAGUGAUAAAGGCAGUUAAAGAGGGGAAGCAAUCUCAAAGCCAUUUAGUAACAACAUUUGAUCGAAUAUUAGUUCCUAAACUUUCACGCUUCAGCACUCAGAGAGUAAUAACGAUGAAUGAAGGGGAUAAGGAUGAAGAACCAGAAGUGAUAGAAAAAGAAGUUAAAUAAGGUUCAAAUAUCUAAUCAUAAAUGCACGAUGAACAAACGAAAACCAUGGAAGAACAACUCAAAAAAAUGGAAGAGAAAGUAAAAAUAAACCCGAAGUUAAAACAAUUGAAAUCUAAACCUCUGUCCAUGAGAAAUUUCUAAAAAGUUGGAGAGUCCAAAGAAGAUAAGUUAUUGGAACACCCAUUUCGACAUUUGAUAUUUAGUCCCAAAAUAGACGAGUAGGUUUUGGAAAAACAUUUAAUGAUAACCCAAAGAGGACUAAUUUAUUCGAGAAAAUGUUUAAAAGGGCCUUCAGAACAAUUCAUUGAAAAGAAAAAAGUAAUUUUAAAUAAAAUCAACCCCAAUAAAAUUAAUACAAUUUUCCUUGAUCUUGACGAAACGUUGGUUCAUGCUUGUCAUUCAAGAGAGACACAUACCGUUAAGUUGAAACAACAAAAUGAAAAUGGAUCUGAAAUAGAGGUAUCUUUAUAGUAGUCAUUGUAGGUUGGAAUCAAUAUAAGACCAUACACAACCUACUUUUUGCAAGAACUGGCUCAAUAUUAUACCAUCUACAUUUAUACAGCUUCCUCUCAGCCGUAUGCCCAAACAAUUGUGAAUUAUCUUGAUCCUCAUAAACAAUACAUCAGUGGGAUCCUAUCUAGGUCUAAUUGCAUGGAAACCAAAAAUGGAUUUUUCAUAAAAGACUUAAGAAUCAUUUAGGACUUAGAUUUAAAUAGAACUCUUAUAAUAGACAACCUCGUUCAUUCUUUCGGUUUACAGGUUGAAAAUGGAAUCCCAAUCUUAGAGUGGCAUGAUAAUUAGGAAGAUUUGGAACUCAAAUAUCUAUUAGAAUAUUUAAUAGAAGCUUCUGAAUAGCCAAAUUUAAAGGAGUUCAACUUAACUCAUUUGUAAUUGGACAAUUUAAUCAACUAUGCCAUCAAGUAAUGA